AUUAAUUUAAUUACUAAUUUAACUUGUAUAGUAUUUUAUUCGUGUGGAUUUUGAUUGAUUGACCUGAAAUUAGGAGAAUUGAGGCUUGUCUCUAUGGGUGGAAAUUUGGAUAAUUUUUGUUAAUUGUCUCUCUCUCUCUUAGGUAACCCUUUCAACUUUUACCUAUAAUCGCUGCUGAUAUUGGUUUCAUGAGAACGAAAUUUAGAUUCGAUUAAUAGAAAUGAUUGACCAGCAAUUUGAUUUUCUACACUUUUGGAUAACCAUCUCAAUCAAUUUACGCUGAUUGAUGAAUUAAGAUUUAUCAACUGAUUGAUCAACCUUAAUCGAGAUAACUUGAAAUAUUUUCUCUCUUUCACCUCAUAUCAAGAACAGCUCCUUAAACCUAACGUUUAACUGGCCUGCAAGAAGAAAACGUGAUUAAGUUUCAAUUUUUGUUUCUCUUUCUUCCUCCUCUUCACUUGGAAUAACAUUGGAAAACAUAAGAUAAUCAAUUUCUUUUGUCUCAAAGACACUCACACAUAUGAUACAUGUAUCAUGAUGAAAAUUGGUUAUUCUCUUGAUCAUCGAUUUACACAAUCAAAGGAAGAAAAGAGUAAAACAUGAAACCAGAUUUAACAACUAAAUGGUAAUUCGAUUCCAGAUUCAGUUCCAAGUUCAUAUAAAGAAAGAACCAAAAAAAGAAGCGAAUUGCAAAUCAAUGAAUCAAAAAAGGAAAAGAAAGAGACUGUAAAAGCUAAAACGAGAUUGAUGAGUAUCAUAUCUAAUACCUGUGUACAAGAAGAUGACAGAAAAAUAUAUUCCCUGGAAAUUACAUGUAAAAUCUUUGUGUCGACUGUCACAUUUACACAUUACUGGCGAUUUAUCUGAAAGAGGAAAAGGCUUGAAUAUCUGGAUAACAAUCAAAUUAGAGCGACAAUUGAUCAACGUCCAAACUGUCUGAAACUUAUUGACAAUUUGAUCCUUAGUUCAGCUUAUCUCUUUCUCUCUCAUAAAGAUCAGACGGUUAUUAAAUUAGUAUAACUUGAACACCAUGAAUUACUGUUAACCUAAUAGCUAAUGAUAAAUUGUUCUGGAAUUCUAAUCAUCUCAGAAUAUUUGAGUCUCACAAUACAAUUUAUCCACCAAGUUAUCAUGAUCUUAGAGAGAGAUAGAGAGCUACAAAAAAAGACACCCUGAACUCUUGUAACAUCAACACCAUUUUGGAUAUUCAUCAUCAUCUAUUGCUAGGAUACUAAGGAGCAGCUGAUUUCCAUAACAGUAGAAUUGACAUGAUUAUAGCGGUUGAAUUUUGAAUCGAUUUCACCAGAGGAACCGCCGUUGAAACAAACAAUCAACUUAUCAUUUGGAAAUGUUCAAUGACUAGACUCAAAAGUUUGAGAAUAAUGGUUAUCCUCAGUGACGAUUUCAAGAUGAUUUUAUUAUCAUUCUUUUUCUUUUCGUCUCCAUGAAAAUAUUAUUUUGAGCCUUGGUGGAGAUGCGCAGAUUUUACUGGAUUAUUCAAGGUUCAAUUACCUCGUAAUGGUUAUUACAGAAUGAAAUGUUUACAUGUUUCUAUUCAGAAACCAGAUCAAGAUCAGUAGAUCAAUUCAAAUAUUGACCUGGAACUGAUUUUUCAUCUUUUUUGACUGUUAAAACAAAUUCAGAACGAUAAUCAUUGAGAGCCAUCUAAAUACUUACAAUCUCUGGGGAUCUUUUAUUAUUAUUCUGUUGAUGUUUCUAUCAUCUCUAACCCAAAAGUCUUGCAGAGAAUGCGUAAAGUUGUACCGGUCUUCAAUUCUAAAUGAACCAUUUUGCCAAUUACUGGAUUAACUGUCAAUUUAUUUGAUUACCAAUUACCAUCAGGAUUUAUACCAAAAUUUUUGGACAAUAUCUCAACAUAUCACAAGGAAAUACUAUUAUUUAUGUAUAAAGACCAACAACAACAACGUAAUUAUUAUUUCAACUUUAACAUUAACUUUUCUCUUUCUGGGUCACCUUGUUUAUUUUGAUUCGCUACCUGACAGAAUCAAACGCAACGAAACUCUCAACUUACUUUUUUUCUCUCUCUCUCUCUCUCUCUCUCUCUCUCUUUCGUGAACGUCAAUAUUUUGGAAACGAUUUGAAUACGAUAAUUUCAGAUUCACAAUCCUAACAAUUAACUCAAAUUGUAACUCUCUCACAUUGGUGAUUUACAUUGACAAUGAAAACAUUGAAUUGGAUACAAAAUAUGAAUCACUGAUGAAAUUAUCAUGAGAAAUCAAAUAUAACCUUUGGGAAUCAAUUACAAUCAUCUCGAUAUUGAAUUGAUAUGAAUCAUCAUCAUGUUGGUAAUCAGUUAAUCAUUGAAAAACGAAUAUAAGAAAAUCUCUCUCAAGGUAAACAUUAUCUUUUGAAACGUUUUCUUUUCUCAUUUACUCACCAAACAACUCACCUUUUAUCAUGAUGAUGAUCAUGUUUGUAAGUGAGUAAGUGAGUGGAGUGAGUGGAGUGAGUGGAGUGAGUCAAAACUUUAUCAGUUUACCGUAAGACGUUGAUAAGCUCAGGUAAUCAUGUUGUUAUCAAGUUACAGUCCCACACAAAAACAAUCAUCAUCCUGAUAACACACUCACACACAAUAAAGGUAAACAAACAUUAUCAUCACUCUCACUUUUUUUUUCUUCUUCUUUUAUCAUCUCACUCAUGUUACUCACACACACACACUCACAAUUGAUGGAGAUUAGUCUAACAAAUAAUCAACAGGUAAAACCAGUGUCGUUUUUCAAUGAACAGUAACAACAACAAAUAUUAAGUUAAUUGUUUAGAUUAACUUACCUUAUUGAUUUGAAAAUUUGUUUAAUCAUCUUUACAAAAUGUUUGUUUGUUAAUCAACUUUAAUUACAAUUGAUGUUACCUCAUCAUCUCAUGUUAAUAAGUGUUUACUUGUGUGAGUAAAUGAUGAAAUAUCAAUGAUGGACAAUUUGUGAACUCGUGCCAACAUCAUUUUCAAAUGUUCAUCUUCAAGUAGAAUCUUGUUUUCUUUUUUUCCUCAUCUUCAUCUUCAUCCCUUACUCUCUCACUUUCUCUGUUAUAUAACAUGGACUCAAGUCAAAAGAUCUAAACUUCGUUUCUCUCUUUUAUCAUCUUCCUCUCCAUCCUCAUCUCUCUCUCUUUCUGUGUACUUUUAAUCUUCUCUUUAUCCUCUACCCUCUAUCUUCCUUCUAGGCCUACGAUAUAUUUACUAUCGCCCUCUCCCUCUCUUCUCAUCCUUAUUUUCAUCCUCAUCUUCCUCUUCGUCCCAAACCCAUAGUCUAUUAAGACUCCGUAGAUAUUAGAUGAUCUUUCUUGUACUAACUUGAGGCCACCAACAAUCAACCAUUAAAAUUAGAGCGAAACUUUUUCUUCUUAAUCCUAAUCUUAAUCUUUUCUUGUUUUUCUUUGUUACUUUCUCUCUUUGUUUAUGUUUAUUUUUCUCAUCACAUUUGUUCAUCUAAAUGGUUAAUAUCAUCACACCAGUGACACCAAUCAACUUGAUUGUUUUGGAAUAAUCAAUUAUUCAAAGAAUUAAAGUUUCAAAAGUUAUUCAAUUUAAAGAGGAAAACAAAAAGACAAUGACCAGUGACAUUGGAUUGACCACAAGUAAUAAACAAUUAGUGUCUCAACAAAACCAUCAGGAUAGUUGUAAAAAGAUCAACAGUCCAAGUGAAACCAUGAAAGAGGAAAAUAGUGAGGAUUAUGUAAACAAUACGAUCGCCUCGAAUGUCCAAAAUGGUCAACAAGUUCGACACCUCGAACCUCGACCAUUUCGUCCAUUUAAAUCAUCAGAGGAAUAUCUUUAUGCUAUGAAGGAAGAUCUUGCCGAAUGGUUAAAUGCCCUUUACAAUUUAAGCAUAAAUGUUGACAAUUUCAUGGAAAAACUGGAAACUGGUGUAAUACUUUGCAGACACGCCAACAAUAUAAUCAGAAAGGCUCGAGCCAAUCCUAAUCUUGUCAAUAAUCAUUCUGGUGGCAGCGGUGGUACUAAUCCUAAUCAUGGUUCUAUUCCCAUUGAAAAGGAGUUAUCAUUUCGUGCGGAUGUUAAUCCGGGCACUUUUCAUGCUCGUGAUAAUGUUUCCAAUUUCAUCUCAUGGUGUCGAAAACUCGGUAUCAUGGAGUGUCUCUUAUUCGAGACCGAUGAUCUUGUCCUUCGAAAAAACGAGAAAUCAUUCAUUCUCUGUCUUCUUGAAAUCGCUCGACAAGGAACCAAAAUCGGUAUGAUCGCACCAAUGUUGAUCCAAUUAGAACAAGAAAUUGAUCGAGAAAUCGCUCAAGACGCUCAAUCAUCUAUCGAAAACGAUAAACUGACCACUACAACUAAAGGUAAAGAUGAAAUUUCUUCAUCAUCCACGCCCAUCACAUCGGACGAUAAUAAAGAGAAUCGCAAAGCACUCGAAUCGAUGAAAAAUCUUCACGAAAUGGUUGUUGAUAUUUUAAGUCGAUGUUCGUGUCCAUCCGCUUUUCCGAUGGUCAAAGUGGCCGAUGGAAAGUAUCGAAUUGGUGAUACUAAAGUUCUAAUCUUUGUUCGGAUUCUUCGUAAUCAUGUUAUGGUUCGAGUCGGUGGUGGUUGGGACACUUUAGGCCAUUAUUUAGAUCGUCAUGAUCCUUGUCGAUGUCGAGCAGGUCAUCGUUUCUCAACCUCCGCAAAGGUCACUUUCACCGACAUCGGGGAUCCAUCAUCUGGACCUCAAAUGGUUGUAACUUAUAAUCGACCGGAAGAUCCGAUUUCAACUCCAAUGGGUCAAGUUAAUAACAGUAUUAAUAACAGUAAUCUAAUCAACCGAGCAAGUGUGACAAUCAAUCAAUCACCUAAUCACAAUUUAAAAAGACGUGCCAAUGGCUCGGUUACAUCGGAUUAUCUUAAUGGUCAAUCAAUUGUUACCACUCCAAAUGUUAACACUAAUAAAUUUAUCAAUAGCAAUGGUAAUGGUAAUGGUAACAGAUUAGCUCGACGAGAUUCAAUCACUAAUCCAGUUAAUACCAAUGAGAUUACACCAAGAUUCCCAUCAUCAAUAUCAACAUCAUCAACUUUAUCAUCUUCAUCAUCAACAUCGUCCACAGGUUAUCCUGACGGGCUUUUAAUUGACCGGCAGGAAUCACGAACUUCCCAUUAUUCAGAUGAUUCAACUGAUGGUUCGAGUGUAAUAAUGGAAAGUCCUUCACCUACUCAACAAUUAGAAUCACAAUUAGACGAUUGUGUUGAUCAACAUCAGGAAUCAACCAACAAAUCAUCAACUAAAUUAAUCAAUGAAAAUUCAUCUAAAAUGAAUAAUAAAACAAUCAAACCAAUGACAACAAUUAACAAACAAACAAGAGGAAAUUAUCAUGAUUCUUCAUCGUCAGAAUUUUCUGAAUCUGAAAAUAAUCAUAAUUGUGGUAAAAAUUUAUUAGGUGGCAGUAGAAGAAGAUGUUCACCACGAAAGAUCAUGAAAACUUCUGAUCUUCUUGGAACGGAAAAACCUUCUUGGGCCUCGGACGAUUUUACCAUUGAUAAUAAGGAUUCUUUCGUUAAACCUGAAGGCCGUGACUCUAGGAUUGAUCGAAUGGCCUCCGUUAAUGUGUCUUCAUCACCUUUCCAACGGAAUUGUCGUUAUCGACGCUCAGAACAAAAAAUCUCCACAGCGGGAAGUAAUGGUUUUAAUGGAAAGGGAUUUUCAAAUGGUUCGGACGAUCAAUACAAGAACAAGUCUCGAAGUAGUGAGAAUUUAUCUCAGAUUGACUCAAAUUCCAAUGGUGGAGGAAAGAUGAACUGGAAAAACCCGAUCAAUACUCGAGCUCGAGCUGUUAAUUCAAUAUCUGCUUCUCCCGCUCGAAAGAUUUCAAGUCCAAAACGAGUUGGUACUGAGACGCCCAAUCAGACACCGAUUUCGUGUUUUGAACGAGGUCGCAACUAUUAUGCCUCUUUACCCAGAAGUCGAUCAACUUCCCAAUCUUCUCGAACUCCAUUAACAGAUAAUAAUAAAACUAUUCAUGGAAACACUCCGAUUGGUACAUCACCUUUUGUCCGCGGUUCUCCAGGUCGUUAUUCAUUGAACACUCCUCGUGGUAGUUUACCAGAAUCUCUUUCCUUGGGCUCAUGUCGAUCAGAUAGAUUUGGUUAUGGAUCUUCAGCCACAGGAAAAUUGAGCCGACAAAAUUCAACCGAAAGUGGGGAAACCAUACGAACCUGGGCUUUCAAAUCUCGAACCAGACCCGCUCUUGAUCCCGAUCUGUUUACGAAGCCAAGUGAUUCUAGUCGAUCAUCUUUUCGUUAUGGUCAUCGUCCGACCACAACCACACCGAUAACAACGAAAACCCCUGGUCAAAGGUCCAGAAGUAGUGAUUCCUCACCUAGUCGAGUUCCUCUCCACACAACAACGGCCAAAAUGACCAAUGGUGUGACCAAUAGACCCGCCGUUAAAUUAAUCAACCAAUUAAAUAAUUGUCAAGUCAAAUCGUCUUCCCUAGUUGGUGAUGCAAAUAACAACCAUUUCAGUGAAUUAAAAGAUAUCAAUGAUAAUAAUAAUACUAAAGAAAAUGUUAAUAAUCAUGAUGAUCAAGAUGAUGAUGAUCAAUUAAUUAAUCUAGAAAAUGAUAUCAUGAAAACAAUGGAAACUCUUGUUAAUCAAUAUCAGUCGCGUGUUGAACGUGCAACGCCUUGUAAAAUUGUUAAUAGUUCAGAAUCAAUUAAUUCUGAAGUUGAUUGUGAUGGUAAAUCAAAUGAUUCUGUGAUAAAUUGCUCACAUCAAAAGUUUAAUUCAUCCAAAAUACCGAUGCCCAUCAGAGCCACACCCAGGAAGGAAUAUUAAUCAAUUCAUAUCAUCAUCUUUUCAUCAUCAAUCACCAAUUUAGAUGAAUAUAUUUGAAGAAAAAAGAAAUUCAAUUUCCAUCGAUAAUUAAAUCAAACAAUUAACUCAAUCAGAGAAAGAAAUUGUUUCUUCAUAACCAGAUUAAUGUUCAACUUGCUCAGAUCAUAUGGUCGACAAUUAAUCAAUUACGAUGAGAUUGAUUUAAUUACAAUUCAUAUUCAUACUUGGAUUGAUUGUAAAGGUUAAUCGUCAAUUGUGAUUAACUGUAAUUGAGAAAUAAUUAAUUGUUAUAUUGAGAGGAAACAAAAAUCAAGCACAAACUUUGAAUCUCUUUCUUGCAAUUUAAGUAAAUUUUGUUAAUUGCUCUUUGAUUUAAUUCAAAUUGUGUGUAGUUUUUAGUUCAAUUUGAUUUUAAUUGUA